AUGUAAUUAAAUAAAGAAGUAAACGAACUUGUAUUUACAAGAUUAAAAUAAGAAAGAAAAUAAUGGAGAUAAGAUCAUCCUCAUCGUUUCGUAGCAAAACCUACUACUAAAGAUGAUGGAACUAUUAAUAUGCUUAAAUGGUAUUGUGAAAUUCCUGGACCUGAAGGAAGUCCUUGGGAAGAAGGUGUCUAUAUUUUAUAUAUGGACUUUUCUCAAUCCUACCCUAUAAAGCCUCCUAAAUACGAGCCAAAUAUUGAUAGUCCAGCUUAAUAUGAUCCUUCUAAAGAAAAUAAAUGUACAAUUCGCCUCGGUCCUGAACUAGAAAUAAGUGGGUAUGGAUGUGAAGAUCAUUUUUUAGAAUUAGAUACAGUCACACAUUCAUGGGAAGUAUUAGGAGAAAUCCUUUCAGAUUCAUAAUUAACCAAAGACAUAUUAUGUGCAAUUGGAAUGCCUGUAUUAUUCAAUACAGAUGGUGGUAAUUAUAGGGAACCUCGUUAUUUUACCGCAUGGAAAUCUCAUCGAUCUUUAGAAGAACUCGAGCUUCCUCAAUUCAUAUAAAAAAUAACUAAUUAAAAGUAUGCUCCUUUUGGAAACGCAAUAAUAUAAACAAAUGAUACGCGCAUAGGUAUUGAAACAUGUCAAGAACUAUGGGUUCCAAGUACUUUAAGCAGCUAACUAGGCUUAAAUGGAGUAGAAAUAUUCUUAAAUUAAAGUGGAUCUCAUUAUGAAGUCCAUAAAUAAAAAAGGAGACUACAUAUGAUUCUUGAAGCCACAAUUAAAACUGGAGGCGUUUAUAUUUAUUCUAAUUUAAGAGGAUGUGACGGUUCUCGAGUUUACUUUGAUGGGGCUUCUAUUGUGGCCUAAAAUGGAAAAGUACUUGGAAUGACUGAUAUGUUCUCUCUUUAGAAUGUAGAUGUGGUUGUUAGUGAUAUUGAUUUAGGAAAAGUAAGAAGCCAUAGGGCUGAAAAAAAAUCUUUUGGAGAAUAAUCUGUUGAAAGAUCGAUAAAAUAGCAAUUUCCAAUUAUCAAAGUAGACUUCUAAAUAGCAAACAUUAAUUUUUUUGAUGUAAAUUUGAAAGAAUUAGAUGAUAAAGAGGUUGAAUAAUUUAUUAUUAAUGACAUGUCUUAUGGUCCUUCGUGCUUUUUAUGGGAUUAUUUAAGAAGAUCAGGUGCAUCUGGAUAUUUUUUACCGUUUUCAGGUGGAGCAGAUAGCGCUUCUUCGGCUUUAAUUGUGUUUAAUAUGUGCGAAAUCGCUUAUUAGACAAUAAAAGAGAAAGAAGAUUUGGAUGUUCUUGAAACUCUGAGAAAGAUUGUUGGGGAUGAAAACUAUAAUCCAUAAAAUUCAAGAGAUAUUUGUAAAAAAUUGCUUUUUACAGCAUAUAUGGGUAGUAGAAAUUCCUCUUUAUAAACAAAACUUUUGGCAAAAUAAUUAGCAGAUGAAAUAAAUUCAAGGCAUUUUGAAAUUUCAAUCGAUAAAAUUUUUUAAGCUUUCGAAGAUACUAUUGAAGAUGUAUUUGAAAAAAAAGCAUAAUUUAAUUAAAGUUAUUAAGAAGAUCUUGCGCUCCAAAAUAUUUAAGCCAGGUCUAGAAUGGUUCUAGCUUUUAUUAUGGGAUAAUUGGCUUAAUGGAAAGAUGGAAGAUAAGGGUUUCUUUUAGUUUUGGGAUCAUCUAAUCUAGAUGAAGGACUUAGAGGUUAUUUUACUAAAUAUGAUUGUUCUUCUGCAGAUAUUAAUCCUAUUGGCUCUAUUUCAAAAAAUGAUAUUAAAGCCUUUUUAAAAUGGAAUUAUAAUGUUAAAGGCAUUUAAAGUGCUCUUAAAAUACUUGAAGCAGUGCCUACGGCUGAAUUAAGGCCUAUGGAAGAUAAUAAAAUAACUUAAGCAGAUGAGUAAGAUAUGGGAAUGAGUUAUAAUGAUUUAAGCGUAUAUGGGAGACUUAGAAAAAUUGAAAAGCUUGGACCUGUUUCAAUGUUCAAAAAACUCGCUUAGAUGUGGAAAGAUCUUAAUGUCAGAGAUGUUGGGGAAAAAGUUAAAAAAUUCUUUAAAUUUUAUUCUAUUAAUAGGCACAAAUAAACAACAUUAACUCCAAGUUUUCAUGCUGAAAAUUAUUCUAUUGAUGAUAAUAGAUUUGAUUUGCGAUAAUUCUUAUAUAAUUCGAAAUGGACUUAUUAAUUUUAAAGAAUUGAUUAUUUAAUUGAUGAAAGAGAAAAAUACUUAAAAGCCAAUUAAAAAAAAUGAUUUUUUUAAUAAUUCUCUAUCUUAAUUAAAUUUUGAAUGAAAAUAAUUUAUUUUAUUUAGAAUUUUUAAAUAUUUUACAUUAAAAUUAUAAAAAAUAAAUAAAAAUAUUAUUAAAAU